AUGCCCAAUGAUAUCUUGUGGACCUCCACCACCAGUUUAGGAAAUACUGCGAACUUUCGACUUUGCACAGAGCCUGACUUGCUGUUCGGAAGGCUGACGUCCCUGGAGUUUCAAAGGGAGAAAACGGUGGAACGGAUCCAAGUGCCUGGAACAGCGACUGUCGCAGCCCUCAUCACAACUAUAGCCACAUUCAUCAUCAGUUAUAUCUGUGUCCUCAAGAAACCUCCUACGAUGCUGCUCUCAGCGUGCAUCGGAUCCGUCUCCGCCAUCGUUCUUUUCAUCGCACCACUGCCCAUUCUGGCCGCUGACCAAACGGUGGAUCAAACAUUGGUUGCGAAUUUGAAGAUGGCGGCGACCAUGAGUGACCGUCUCCACAUGCUUUCGGACCAGCAGCUUCUCUACAACUUUUCCUCGAACCCGGUGUAUUCCUGGAAGCCGGGUAGCGUCUGUAACGCAAAUGCAGCGACCUGGCCUGUGCUCUCCACCGUUGGGGCGACGGUGGCGCAGCUCAAUCUCGGGCCAUGCGCGAUGCUUGCACCACACUUGCAUAGAGCCCACAACUUGGUCGUUGCAGUGAGUGGAACAACCCAUACGUACAUGGUGCAAGAGAAUGGGGCACGGCUGGUACAGCAAGUCUUGACCCCGGGCAUGAUGACCAUCUUUCCCCAGGCCAGUGUGCAUUCUAUGUACAAUAUGGGUGCGUCUACUCUCGUGCCAAACGAGCCUGUGGCUUUUCCUGACGAUUUCCCAGGCUGCGGAAACAAUCAGCUCUAUUCAUUUCUCAACGACGCCGACCCAGCAACAUUGAACAUCGCACAGGCGUUCUUCAUGAUGCCGAAGGACAUUGGUACGCAGGUGAUGCCAUUCAUCAACCUCACCGGCGGGAACUGGACGGCCACAGGUCUGCGCAUCCCGGCCAUCGGGACGGGAAGCCAGGAUGGAUUCGAGGCGUGCAGGCAACGAUGUGGACUUAGCACGAAAGCCGCCCCGGAUGGGUCUCUGGUGGUAUAG